AUGGUGUCGACACUGUUCCUUGGUGCUCUAUUGAUUCUUCCGGGCAUUUCUGUUUCAGCGAGUGCUUGUCUUGAACGGCCUCAUGGAUACUGCAAGCAGCUGGAUAUUCCAGUGCCUAUCACCGCAAACACUGCAAUUUACGAUAUACCGAGAGUAGACAACGAUAUUGAAGCAGUAGCUUGGGCAAUCUACGAUGCCACUCGGACUACUAUUCACGGUCCCAAGAACAUCAUCAAGAAUACCACGACUUCCGAGACUUUCAACAUCCAUGCUCAGCUGUGUAUUCCCAAGUCUAACAAGAAUGGCAAGCACAAUACGUUGCAGAUUGCCACACAUGGAGUGCAUUACGACUCCAGAUACUGGGAUUCGGAAUACAAGCCGGAGAAUCACUCUUAUGUGGAAGCAUCACUUAAAGCAGGAUAUUCGAUUCUCACAUACGACCGUCUGGGAGUUGGUCAAUCUGAUAAACCGGAUGCAUACGAUGUGGUCCAAGCCCCUGUUGAGCUCGAAAUCCUCCGCCAACUGACCCUGAUGGCCCGCAAUGGUAGCCUGUAUGAGUUUGCGAGUCAUGCAAAGCCCUCUAAUCCUUCUUUCAAAGCAUUGGAAACCCCACACAAGGUCGUCCAUAUCGGGCACAGUUUCGGAUCCUUCCUUACCUCCGCCUUCAUUGCCAACUACGGCCCUCUUAGUGACGGAGCUAUCAUCACGGGCUACUUGUACACCGAGAAUCUUGCAAGCGCCGGCUCAACAUCGUUCAGCGUUGAAUAUGCAGCUACGGGGUCGCCUCCUUUCAACCGGUCAAGCGGCUAUGUUGUGUGCCAGAGGGAUGGCAUCCAGAACAUCUUCUUUGGGGGUAAUCCCAAAACCGCUUUCACGGAAGAAUUGCUUGAGUAUGGUAUUAGUAUCAAGCAGCCCGUCCCAAUUGGAGAGUUCGCCUCGGCUUUCUCGCUACUUGAGAACCCUGGGCCAUCUUUUAGAGCACCUGUGCAAUUCCUAUUGCCAGAGUUUGACUUUUAUAUCUGUCGAGGCGACUGCCAUGAUUUGUUCAAUUUGACAGCGUUGAAUCAAACCUACCCGCACGCAACCAAAAUUGAGGUGGCUCUUCAGCCCAACACUGGCCAUGCGCUGCCACUCCACAACAAUGCCACUGCAGGUUUCCAACUCAUGUUCGAUUUCUUUUCUAGAAAUGGACUAUAA